AUGCCGCCCCUCCCAGGCAGGCUAGCCUCUCAGCCUCCCACCAAAACCAUCAUUGUGUACAGGAAUGGGGAUGCUUUCUUCCCAGGAAGAAAAUUAGUGGUCAAACAACGCCAAGUGACCACCUUUGACUCUCUUUUAACACUUCUGACGAGUGGACUUGAGGCUUCCUUCGGAGCGGUCAGAAACGUGUACACUCCGAGAGAAGGCCACAAGGUGUCUGAGCUGGAGGAGCUGAGGACCGGAGAGAGAUAUGUGGCAGCCGGGGCGGAGCGCUUCAAACGACUCAGCUAUUUGCUAAUAACUCCUAGGAAACCAGAGCCAAAGAAGAAAGAAGAGAUCAAGCCAGUGACUCACAGCCGAAUCGUAGUUCCUGCCAGGUGUUUGAGGAGCAAUAAAGAUUCAUGCACCAUCAAUGUUUUUACCAACGGGGACGUCUUCGUCCCUCCUGCCCGUAUCCUGAUCCCUAAGUUCACGCUGAGCAGCUGGGAGAAGGUGCUGGCCCUGGUGACGGAGAAGGUGGAGCUCAGGACAGGGGCAGUGCACGGGCUGUUCUCUCUGGAGGGCCGCCCGCUGCGGGGGCCCGAGGACCUCAGGAGCCACCAGUACUACGUGGCCGUGGGAGCAGAGAGGUUCAGGGUCAAGGCCUACAGCCAGUGGUUUGCUGCAGCCGGCUUUAGAGAGGACCUUGAACACACAGCCAGGGGCCGAAUGAAGCAGCCCUCAGCCGCUGGCAGGCCGACGCAGCCAAACAACACGCAGGUGGCCACAGACCCACUUCUGCUCUCAGUGGGGGAGGGCAGCGCGUUCAGGGGGAGGAGCCAGAGGGAGGAGGUGGCAGGAGCGGUGGAGGUGCAGGAGGAGAGUGAGCUGGAGGUGGAGCUGCCCAUCGAUCAGGUGGAGGCCAGAGAGGUGGAGGAGGAGUCUGUACAAAGAGGAAUUGAACCCAGUGGGAUCAGCGAGGGCCUUCAGGGGCGUCGGCUCCCCGGCCGUUGGCCCAUGGGUGUCAGCGGGAGAGACAUUGGUACAGCUGUGUUCCACAACGCCAUCAUCCAGAGAGCUGUAACCGUGAUGAUCUUCUCGGAGGACUCACACUCUGUACUACUCUGA